GGCCUCAGAAGCGAGAUGACGAAGGGAACGUCAUCAUUUGGAAAGCAUUGCAAUAAGAUGCACACGUUAUGCCACCACUGUGGCUCUAAGGCCUACCACCUUCAGAAGUCGACCUGUGGCAAAUGUGGCUACACUGCCAAGCGCAAGAGAAAGUAUAACUGGAGUGCCAAGGCUAAAAGACGAAAUACCACCAGAACUGGUCAAAUGAGGCACCUAAAAAUUGUAUACCAUAGAUUCAGGCAUGGAUUCCGUGAAGGAACAACACCUAAACCCAAGAGGGCAGCUGUUGCAGCAUCCAGUUCAUCUUAAUGUCAACG